GGAACCUCAAGAUGGCGACGUACAUCUUGACGUGUCCACUGAAAAUAAAAUAUUUAAUCUUAUGUUUGUCAUUAUUUUUCCUGGUACAAAAUGUAGAAAACAAUUUAAGUAGGAAAUCUUCAUAUGUUAAAGCAGAUGACAGCUUGAAUCUUUUGCCAACAGUAGUAAUAGCAACUUUAAUCAGAAAUAAAGCACACAGUUUGCCAUGGUUUUUGGGUUUAAUAGAAAAACUUGAUUACCCAAAAUCCCGAAUUGCUUUAUGGUAAACUAAAGCUUUUUACCCUAAUUUCAUAAUAAAUAAUUGGUAAAUUAUUAUUUGAUAAAUUUGGAGUACACUUGACAAUUAUCACCUCUUUACUUCACUUUACUCUUUCUUACGUAACACAGAAGAGUUCUAUAUUAUUAUUAUACUGUGAUAACAAAAACUUUUCGCUGUCUGUAAAAAAAAAACACAAAAAAAAAAACUGUGACUGUUACUGUUAUUGAAAUGGACCUAGUAUUGUAUUUAUAUCAUUAUCUUCACAUUUAAUACUAGUUUUUAUAUUUUCACCCUCAGUCUAUUCUAUAAUUAUGAUAAUUAGGUAUGUCAGUACUGAUAAUGAAACCCGCAAAUCAGGUAUCAUAAUUUCAUUGUUAAAAUGGAUUCUUCCAAUUUUUAAUUUACCAAACUAGGUUAUUAUCAGAAUCAGUGUUUCGCCUUAAAAAAUAAAAAUUCCCAGCUCCUUGCAGUUUCAAAAUUCAUUUGUCUUUAAUUUAUCGUCUUAGUCUUAGAGGGAUAGUAUGCUAAAAGGAAAGACAUAUCAUUUUAUUAUCCUGUACCUCAGAAUAUUAUAUUGACUCGAGAUUACAAAUUAUGAGUAGGCACGGCCUGGUUAUAUUAAUAUCAAUAAUAUUAUAAGGGCAAGCAUCUUCUUGCAUGUGCUUUGUAGAUUUUCUAGCCUAACGUAACUAAUGAACACUGUAAGGCUACCAUGAGAUAGUAUAAUUCAGCUAAAGUAGCCAAGUGUUGAAUGUUGAGGCAAAAAUAUGCAACAUUCAUGUUAUUCUGAAUAUUUAGGAAAUAAGUAAAACAAAGUAAGAUUAAACCUGAAAAAAGGAGCGCAACAAGACAACAAACGUUUCGGCAGGAAGCCUUCGUCAGCGAGCAAACAACAGAAAAAACAGAAUAAAAAAAAAUUAAUUAAAAAAUAGCACUUAGCUGACAAGUAGCAUUGGAGACUGCAGCAAAAGAAUUGUGAUAGAAAAUAAGUGGGUGAGAGAUUAAAUAGGGAAGAGGGAAAGAUAAGAGAAGUUAGUCCACUGCGAUAGGUCGUAUGUUGAGGGGCAGAGCUAGGCUCAAGUUGUGAAUAGAGACAUGAGCUUGUGUUCCGAAUUCACCCAGAUUUUUUUUUAUAGAUUUUGUUUUUUCUGUUGUUUGUUCACUGACGACAGCUUCUUGCCGACACGUUCGUUGUUUUGUUGCAUUCCUUUUUUCACUUUUAACCUUUCUUUGUUUUACUCAUUUCCUAUUUUGCUAACCUGAUUGCAGUCUCUCCCCGUAUUACCUUAUCCUGAAUAUUUGAUAGUAAUCCUUAGAAUUUUUGUUUUUGCAGGAUUGAAAGUGAUCAUAAUAUUGACAAUUCAUCUGCAAUUCUCAAGGAGUGGCUCUCUGCUGUUACCCACUUGUACCAUCAAGUAGAAUACAAGGUAGAUGAUACCAGAGAAGGUAAAGUAAUUUAUUAAAAUUUUAGAGCACUCUAGAGCAGUGGUUUCAAACCUUUUUUUACUUGCAGAGCCUCUUCCCUAUUUAGAAUUAAUUUAUAUAAGCAAGCCCCCUAGGCCUAUCUUACAUCUCACAAGUUAGUAGUUUUCAGGAGUUUCCUUGAGCGGAUGCCAAACCCCUGAGAAUUGUAUGUGGAGUUCAGAUUGGGAACCGCUGCUCUAGAAAAAUAAUAUUACUUCAAGUCAUACUUCUUAGAUAUGCAUCAAGCUCACUUUUUUCUAGAGUAGGGUGUUUGACUGUUAAAAACAUCUGUAAUAAAAAAGCAAAUUGAAACUUUGUUAAAGAUGAGAGUAAUUGAAAAUGGUAGUAAUGGAUUGAUGCAAAUAAGGUUGAAUGCAUCCUCUUAUCCUAGACAAAUGUAUUGAUUUGAAAAAACAACUGUGAUCACAUUAAUAGGUGCGGUUAGAUAUUAGACAGUUUUUUUAAAUCACAGGCAAUAUUUAUUUAUGAUUUACUUCCUUACUUUUGUUUCAAUCAUAUUUUACCUACCUUUAAUAAAAUAUAUUUUAAUCCAUAUUCACAAAAUCUCCAUGUCUUCAAAUUAUUUCUCCCAAGUCUCACUUACGUAACUUACAACUGAUCUUAUGAUAGUGGUGUAUUUUGCUUUGUUUUUUUACUGACAUUUAAAAUCUUUCUAGCCUCCUAAAAAUUGCUGAUAAGGUUGGGUCAUAUGGAAAGUUGUAGGAAAACACAUUGAAGUAUUUUUUUCUUUGAAGGAUACCCUGAUGAAGAAUCUCCAUGUGAUUGGACUGGACAAAGAUUUGCUCAUGUUAUCAAGCUGAGAGAAAAGGCUUUGAACUAUGCAAGAAGUAUUUGGGCAGAUUAUAUAUUUGUAAGUUUAAUCUAGAUGCUGGCUUAGUUUUAAACACAUCAGGCUAUUACUUAACAUGUUUUUGUUUAAAUAUGUUUGAAUGUAUCUUUUACUUGUGUUAUUAGUGGCUUUAUCUUAUCUACAGAUCUUAGAUCAACCAAUAUGUAGUGUAAAAAUGUCAAAGCUAUUUGAUUGCACUUAAAAAGUAAAUAUUUUGAAUUUGGUAGUUAGAAAAUCUAGUAAAUUAUUCUUGUAUAUCAGCAAUAUUUAAUUUACUUCUCUGAAGAUUCUUUUAUUUAAAACAAUUUGGUUGAGGUGACACAGAUGAGAUUUUAUGUAACUACAAUAAUAGUUAUGUUUAUCUGUUGACCAAGUAUUUGUUAUGCUUACCUGCGAUAAUUAUGGGCUAUAUCUGGUCGCAAUGCACUAGUUUUUGUACUUUUUGAAAUUUCUGAAAAACAAUUAUUACUUAGUGCUUUUAAUUUUAAAUCAAUUAUUUGAAAAAUAUUUCAUUUCAGGGCUUAUAAAUCUACCAUAAAAUUACAGGUUAAAUUACACUUGGUUUGUUGUAAAUGCUGAGUGUGUCUUGUCGUUUUUGAAAGUCAAAACUAAUUGAUCUUGAGAAAGUGUGCCAUAAGUAAAUAAGCUCUUUUCAUUGUUGAUAUAUACAUUUAUUGAGAACAGAAUGUACUUUAUAUUUUUAUAUCUGUAGAUGGUUGAUGCUGAUGUCACCCUCGAGAAUGAAAAAACACUACAAAUUCUUAUGGGACAGAAGAAGUGAGUAUUUAUUCUUCAAACCCUUGCUUUGGUAUUAAAUUUAUAAUCACUAUAUUGCUACCUUUUCUAGGGAUUUUUUUGUGGUAGAAUGUUUUUUUACAAUAGUGAUCUGCAUGUUUGGUUUACAGUUGAUAUUUCUUGCAAAAUUUCUGUAAAUAAAGUAUUAUUUAUUUCAAGAGAUCUCAAAGUGGGUGGUGGAAUAUCCAAGGGGGCACUGAAAGGCUUGGGAGAGUUUAGGGGUACUUUAUCAAGAAUAUGCUUUUUAAUUGGUAUAAAAUAUUUCUUUUGAAAAAGUUUAUACACUGUUCUGAUUGUCUGCAUCAAAUAAGAGUCGAUGAUAAAAUAAAGGUGUAAAAAAGUUGAUAGAAAAAAACUUGGAUCUAAUUUUCAAACAGAAAUACUAACGGCCAUUAACAACAAUUCAUUAAUGCCUUGUAGUUUAAAAUGAUAUUCGCAAAAGCUGUAGUCUUUAGAAUACUUUAAAGACAUUUUUUUUAUGCUUCUCAUCAAAUUGCAGAUGACUUUCAUGCAUCAUAUAAUAUAAUAUUGCAUUGUUAACUGCUAAAUCAAGAAAGUAACAAACAAUUGUUGAAGAACUCAUUCUAUCAGCAAUUAGUGGGGUUCUGAGUUCAUGGACAUAAAGUCUAAGAACAUGGAAGAUAGUUGACAGAGUUUUGAUUACAAUGGAAUGAACUGACUUUCCUACUAAUAAAUCUUUGUUUCAAGGAAGUUUGGAUCUAGUGUUGUCUAUUUACAAGAUGGCUAGAAGCACAUACUAAAUAUGUUCAAUUGGGAAAUGGCGUCGGUGGGCCUUCGAACGUGAGCUCUUAAUACCCCAUGCGGCGGCCUGCCGGGAACCUCCCCCCUGGCCUGGACCGCCCCCACUCGUGGCCCCUCAAUCGGACUUGCAAAUAGCUUUCCCCGCCUGGGGAUGUCAGGUCGACCUGAAAACACUGUGUUGAAAGCGUUUGCAACUGACUCUAAUAUCUUCCCCCAACCAUCCCGGGGAAGCGUCGGAUGCUCUCUAAAAGAGUUUCCUACAGUGGGUUUCCACCACGCAACUAAUUUUUGAAGUAGCUGAGAUGAAACGGUUGCUUUGGAGCAGCUUUCUCAGGGCUGCAUAGUUAGAGUCAUCGGCAAGAGACCUCCACCUUAGCCUCUCGCCUCAUAUCCAUUAACAGCAACUUGUAAUCCCCACCCUGUCUCUGCCUUUACCUCCAAAUGUGAAAUGUUGCAGCUGGCAGCCUUGUAGGAGCUGCUUUUAUUCCGGCAGGUAUAAUGCAUGCCUUUGCCCACGCAAUGGAGGUCCUGUUCCCCGGGUUAAUGUUGAUGGGGUCUGGUGGCCAACGCCUCCAAAUCGGCAAGCCACUUCAGACUUGUCGACCGGAAAGGGGGGGGGGGGACAUAUACGGAAGGAGUUGGCAAUAUUGGGUUUUUGGGCAGUUCUUCAAGAGCAAGAAAAUUCAGAUUAGUCACAUGCUAUUGCACCCGGGUGAUCACCACCCAUGGCUGGUUAUAACCGUGGUGUGUUGCUUAUGUGGAGAAAAAUGUCCAGAAUGUCUUAACCAAUCGUGUCAUUUAUUGCAAACUUUGAAUAAAUUGAAUUUUAACCCCACGCUCUCAAUGAUUGACUGCUUUUCACGCUUAGUGUUGAGGAUAAAGAGGAUUUUCUGCAUUAGCUGCGUCAUAUUCAAGUUUUUUUCUAUUAAUGGGCAAGUAAAUUAUCAACUUUUACACACUACUGGAAAAUGUUGUGGAGAUUUUGAAGAAACAAUUGCUUCUCUUGAUAGAGAACUCAAAGACAUUGCUUAUUUAUUAGAAAUAUUUACAUUUCUUGAAACAAUACAAAUGAAAUUGGCAUCAAAAUAAACCCUAUUCAAUUGCUAUACUAGCAGACUCAAGCUAUACUAAUUUACAAGUCUGUUUGAACUAGGAGAGAGGGAUGAGAUGCAAGUAUUUUUGCUAUCAUUUUGCUGUACUACCUAUAGUUUUAGCCAGUUUAAGAUUUCAUUUGAUUGAAAUCACAGAUAAAGUGAUACAUUCAUUCCAGGAUUGAGGCAUUUGGUGAAGUUUAAAGUGGGCUAAUUCAGCUAAAAUAAUAUUGACCAUCAGCAAAAGUUAAAGAAAUAAUAAAAAGGGAACUAUAGAUUGAUAUCUGGGAAAGAGGAAGGUGUUUGAUUAAGAAGCUCCUGAUUGCAUUCCCAAAAUUGUUUAUUUUGGAAAGAAAUAGUGGAACAAGGUACGUCGAAGCUUGAAAUGAAAAGACAGGACAAUAAAAGGAGCUCAUUUUGGCUAAAAGCCUUCUUUAGUAGACAAGACAAAACAGGGAAAUGCUUUUAUUAUUGAUAGAAGUUAGGUUGUACAAAAUCAAAACAUGUGUACUAUUCAAAAGAUUGCAAGAGGUAAAAGAAUUUUGGUAUCAUUCAUGUGAAAUUUAAGAUUUUAACUGACAAAAAUUAUAAUAAAAAUAUGUAACAGUCUUCAGAUUUUUAAAUAGUGUUUUAAUUUAAUGCAAUGGAGCACUCUCAUCUUUAAGAUAGGGUAAUAAGGGGAGACUGCAAUCAGGUUAGCACAAUAGGAAGUGAGUAAAACAAAGUAAGGUUAAACCUGAAAAAAGGAACGCAACAAAACAACAAAAGUGUUCGCAGGAAACCUUCGUUAGCCAACAAACAGAAAAACAGAAAUGUCAAUGAGCACUCAUUUGCUGCCCUCAUUUGCAUUUCAUUUGCUGCCCUCUUGGAUACUACUUCUCAGCUAAGUGCUAUUUUUAAAUUUUAUUCUGUUUGUUCGCAGACGAAGGCUUCCUGCCAUUUUGUUAGUUAUUUUGUUGCGUUCUUUUUUCCAUGUUUAACCUUACUUCAUCUUAAAGAUAGUAUCUUUUAGUCUAUGCAUGUCCCAAACUGUUAAUUUGAUUAUUUUUCAUAUUUAGCAUCUGUCCCAAAGAUGUUUAAAAGAAAAAACUAGACAAAACAGUAUAGAAUGCUUUAUGCCUGACAAGCUAGUGGCACAAUCUCUUAACAAUUAACUUGCAUGAUACCCCAAAUAAGCUAAGAAUUUAUUUGUUUGUUUAGUUUAUUUGCUUGGUUGUUGGUCCCCUAAGUGCUGCCCCAGUUUAUUUCUGAGAAAGUCAACAGAAUCCACUGCAUUUAUCUUUUAUGACAUUUUUGGUGAAAUUUGGUUCCUUUUUUUUCUUGAUGCUAUAUAGAUUUAUAAUCGGCCCCAUGUUAAAUUCAUCGGUGGAGGGAUUCUACUCUAAUUUUUGGGCGGGCAUGACUGAGAAGGUAGGCUUUGAUUCAAGCUUGUUUGAUGUUACUCGUUAUAAAUGUCAAUUAGAUCAGGUCUUUUUAACUGUUAUGGCUUUGCUGUUAGUGUGUUAUUACAAUAGUAUUUCAUAGCUAGCCUGUGCCAUGCCAAACAUGAACCAUGUACUUUAAAAUCAUUUUAGUCUUCACAUGAUCACUAAAAAAAAGUUCAAAGUUUUUUUACUAUUUAUAUUUUCAUGAAAUGAGUAAAUGGAAAAUUAGGUUUAUAUUCUUUACCAAUUAACUGUUAAAAAAGUAAACAUCAUUUGCUCAGGAUUUAGAGAGGGGUUCAAGAAGGGCAACUGCUAAAUUGAGCCCUAAGCUUUGAUAGAACUAAUUUGAGCCCUGCUUGUGCAUCUAGUUACCAAUAAAGGUCUAUCAUCAUGAUAAACAAAACUUUAACUGCUCAACAAAAUAUGUGAUCAGUGGCCCUACAUGGGCCCUAGCCUGCUCCACCACAUCCUUCCAUAUUAUCAGUGAAGCUACAUCCCAUGUAGGGCCCUAGCCUGCUCCUCCACAUCCUUCCAUUCUGACAUCAUUAGUGCGCUACAGGCCAUGUAGGGCCCUAUCUUGCUCCACCACAUACUUUCAUUCUGGCAUUGUCAUCAGUGGCACAACAGCCCAUGUAGGGCCCUAGCCUGCUCCACCACAUACUUUCAUUCUGGCAUUGUCAUCAGUGGCACAACAGCCCAUGUAGGGCCCUAGCCUGCUCCUCCACAUCCUUCCAUUCGGAUCAAUCCAUGGCUUUCCACCUCCUUGUGUUGACCUCGAGCUGCGAGCUGAUGUAAGUCCCUCUCUGCCUUGACCCUCAUCUCAGUCUUGGUCAACGGGUGAGCCAACUGCCCCUAGGUUUCUGCCUGUAGAUUAUUUUUGCUGCUCACUAUGGGGCAUCCUCUCAAGAUGUUGCGACUAUUGGUGGGUCUUAGAACAAUUUAUAUCUCUCUUUCUUUGUACAAAUUCUGUAGUGAUCAUUGUCUAUCACCAGACUGUAUAUUUUCUUGAGGAUUUUCCUCUCUCAUGUGAUGAGCAGGUUCUCUUUUUUUUUUAUAAGGACCACGUCUCAUUUGUGUAAAUUACAACUGAUCUUAUGAAAGUGGUGUAUAUUGUUUUCUAUGCUCUUCCUGGGAGGUUUUUGCUACCUAGUAGCUGUUGUAUGCUGAAAUAAGAACAUUUGCCUGCUGUUAUCCUUUCUAUGACCUCUGUCAUUAUUUCAUUGUGCUCAAUUAUAAUAGCUCCCAGAUAUUUAAAAGUAGCCACUCUCUCAAAUGUUGUGGUUUCUUUUUUAUGUGGUCACCAGUAUGUUUGUUUCGGGACAUUACCAAAUAUUUUAUCUUCACUUCAUUUACCUCAAGACCAGCUUUAACUCAUUCAUAUUCAAGUUCCUUGAAUGCAUUAAUUAUAUCAUUGCUGUUUCUGCCCAGUAGAGCUAUGUCGUACCCAUAUGCCAGGUACUGCAAAGGUUGACUAUAUAAAGUUCCUGAUUGUUGUGGUUCUGUAAUGCUUUUUCUGAACGUAGUUGGUGACAGUUCCACUGGUGCUCACAUGUAUGUUUCUCAUAACUUUUUCAUAUGUGACUUUGAACAGGAUACAUGAUAGUGAAUCUCCUUGUCUAAAGCCCUGAUUUAUCAGUAAUUCCCUUAAAUAAUUUUCCCUGUACUUUGAUUCUACUUUUGGAGUUAGCCCUUUUCAUUGCUAUGAGCCUGAUUAGAUUGUUAGGAACUCCAUUCUUGUAGUGCAUCAUACAUAUAUUUUCUGUCUACACUAUCAUAAGCUUUUUAGUUGUUCAUGUAUAGUUGGUGUAUGGGGAUGUUGUAUUCGUAGCAUUUCUCCAGGAGACAUUUGAUAGUAAAGAAAUCUGUGCGUGAUCUAUUCUGUAGGAAUUUACAUUGAUAGUCCCAUAGAAUCUAUUCAUGUUACCUUUCCAGUUUUCUUUCUGUUGGUUUAGUUUAAUGAAGAUUUUUUGUUACAUUAAGUAGGGAGAUUCCUCUAAAAUUUAAGAAAUCUAGUUUAGAUCUUUUUUUGUAAAUUUGGAUUACGAGCACAGUACCCCAUUCUUUUGGAAUUUCUUCUUCUUGCCAGAUUCUGGAUAUGAGUUUUUUGUAUUUGUCUUUUCAAGUUCGUUUCCAACUAGUUUUAUCUGAAUUAUUAUCAGUUCUUCAGUGAUAAGUUAACAAAAUAUUUCGUAAAAACUAAACUCUUUAAAUGACUAGCCAGGUUAAAUUCAUGAAUUAUGAUUCAUAUGAUAAAGAAUCAUAAUUUUUAAGUCUUUAGAAAGAGUUAGAGUUGGCAUAUUACUAACUCACAUGAAUAUUAUUUAUAUAGACUCAUUUUUUGACAGGGCUAAAACUAAAAGAUUACUUAAUCAGGACAAACAUGCAUCUGCACAGACAUCAUUAUAUUUAAUUUAAAAGAAUAUUAUAAAAUAAAUGAAUUAGAAGUUAUCAUCAAAACUAAAAGGAAAUUAUUUUCCCCAAGUCUUUUUUUCUCUUAAAAUUUAAUAAAUUUUAAAAUAAUAAGUCUUGUAUUGAUGAUUGCUUUUAGGGCUACUAUGUAAGAACCGACCAAUACAUCCCUAUUGUUGAGCGGCAAAUAAAAGGUGUGUUUGCCGUGCCCAUGGUUCACACAGCUGUUUUAAUUGAUCUCCAUCACUACCGUUCACCCAACGUCUCCUUCAGCCAACCACCUGAGGGUUAUACGGGACCAACAGAUGACAUCAUAAUUUUUGCACAUUCUGUGAAGGCUCUAGGUCUGUUCUGAGUGCAUGAAUUUAUUUACCUUUGUUUUGUUAUAUACCUGUACCUGCACAUAUACAUAUGCAGCUAAUAUACAUAAUAUAUAUAUAACUAAUUAUGAGGGAUUGGUUUGUGAUUAGGCUUUAGUAUUUGGUUAAAUAAGAACCAAAUGUUAAAAUUAAUUUUUUCUACAUUUAAAGUCUUUAGAGUGUACUAAUGCACACAAUAUAUGUUGAUAGAUAGUUGUAGAGUGAAUUCUUGAUUCAUUUGUCUACUGUUCAGUUAAAUUUGCGUUUAAAUAUGGUGUCUUGCAAAAUUUUACAAAUAUAUUGUUGAUGCUUAUCAAUAAAAUGUAGAGUUUUUUUUUUAAAGUUUAAGAAAAUAUUAAUUAUUGUUAUGGAUUAAUUAUUAUUAGUUUUUAUUUAAAUUGUCCUUUCAAUUGUGUGAUAUGUGUCUAUAAAAACUUCUAGGGGAGACUAUGCAUGUAAUCAACACUGAGUACAUUGGGAAGCUGAUGAUUCCCCUUGACAAAAGAUAUACCCUGGAAGAAGAAAGUGAUCAGUUUGAAUAUGUCAAACUGGAAGCAAUGGGUCAGUAUAUCUGAGUUUCAGUUGAUAUUAUGAUAAUUUUUGUUUUCAAAUGUUUACACUUUUGAAAAUAAUAAAAAUUUAAAGUUUUAACAAAUUGGGAGUAUGAAGAUUCAGUUAAUAAUUUGCAGUAUAACAUAUAACCUUUUAAACAGGGGUUCUAAGGCUAUGGUCUUUGGACCCCUGGGAUAUCUGUGAAAAGGAGUCAGAGGCCCCCUUGAGUUGGUUUCCCUUUUAAAUUAAUUUGAAGCUUUUUAAAAAUGUUAUUUUAAGAAAGGGUCUGUAGCCUUCAUCUAAAUGGCAGAGGGGUACAUGGAACAAAGAAGCUUUCGAAUCCUGCCAUAAAAUAUCUCCUUUUAAAAUGCAUCAACUAAACUAAAAAAAAAGCAAAACAAGUUGACUAGCUUCCUUGGAAGCAAGAACCUAAAUAUUUCAGAUAUUUUAAUUCUGUAGCUUGGUAAGGGCUUUGCCUCCAUGCCUAAAUAAUUAAAUGGUAUUGCUUUUAAAAAAAGGAUCGACUUUGAUGGACUUUGAAGCAUGCAAAUACUUUUUCUGUUCAAGACAGAACUAAACUUUUGAUAACUAUGCGAAGUUUAAAAAAUUAUAUUUUUUAUCUUUGUUGGAAUUCCAGUUGAAGAAGUUCCCCCCUUGUACAGCUCCCCACAUGUUUCUAUUCCUGAGAGGCCAAAAGACAAGUUAGGAUUUGAUGAGGUAAUUUAUAUUUUUGAUGAAAAGCAUAAAAGAAUUGUAAACUUUAGGUUAAAAAACAAAUAUCAUUUCAACUAGGUUCUAUUUAGUGUACCUAAUAAUUGAAAGUAAAACAUUUAGAAGAUUUUGUGGAGAAAAAUUUUUUUGUCAAUUAUGGUCUCCAAAUUGUAAAAGUAAAUUUAUUGUAAAAUAGUAAUUAUGUUCAAGCUAUAAAGUAACUGGGAUAUUUUAAACAAAUUUUUUGUUAAACUGUUGAAUAUUUAUGGGACAUUUCACCAACAAAAUUCAAAGGGCUUUGGAUGAUUCACACAAGAAAGUUUAAUGAUUAUUUCACAGAAUAUCUGGGGGAAAAAAAUCAGAAUCUUGAGCUAUUUAAAUUGCUUGACAUGUCAUUUGGCCUUGCUGCUGUAUAUGCCAAAAAAUAAAGUAUAUAUAUACAGAGAGAUACCAUUUGGAUUGUCCUAACAGAUAUAUAUUUUAAAUUUCUUCACAUUUCAUUUAGCAAUUCUGCUGUUUAUGUCCUGUCCUAACAGAUAUAUAUUAUGACAUCUCAUUUGGAUUUUCUGCUGUAUUUGUCCUAACAGAUAUAUAUGAUAAACCUAAAGAGACGGCCUGCCAGGCGCUCCCGGAUGAUGAAGGCAUUUGAUUAUCUUGGUAUUGAUGCCAAAAUUGUUGAUGCUGUUGAUGGGAAGUAAGUCAGUUUCUUAUUGUUUGGCAGAAACUAUGAAAACUGUGUAAUUAGUGCGUAGAGAAUCAGCAGAGAUGUGGAGUUUAAACAAUAUUUUCUAAACAACAUUUUCUAUCUGCUCACAUUUCAACAUUGCUAAUUCAUUUUGAAAGGAUUUUGUGCCUUUGUAUAAGUUUAAAUAUUGAUAUUUUAAUUCCAUUAAAACUUAAGUUAGGCAUAUUUUAUAAUUAAUGGGAAUGACAAUUUUGUACCUCAAUACUUACACAAUGCAGGGAUUAAUAAGAAUUUAAAUAGUCUCAAUGUAUUUCACCAAAUCCCACUGAUGUCCACUGAUUUUCUUUUUAUCUUUACACUCUUGUGUAAAUCAAUAAGUUUCAUAUUUACUGAGGCAGUUUCUACAUCAACAUUUAAAAUAAAAUCUUGAAAAGAUCAUCCUCAAUAUAUGUAUAUGCUUUAUCCUAAAAAACAUUAAACAUUUAUGCAUUUGUUUACCCUAGAAAAUCCUGCAUUUUACAUAGUUUGUUCUCUCUGUUAUAAUUCGUAACAUUAAUAGCAUCACAGCUAAGCUCUUUAAAGAAAAAUAUUUUAAGAGUUUUAUCUAUAAAUUAUUUGUAAAAAAAUUUUUUUUUUCCCUCAGAGAGUUGAAUGAUACAUUUCUAGAAAAAUCAGGAAUAAAAAUGUUGCCUGGCUUUGCUGACCCCUACCAUGGAAGGUUUGUUCUAGGUUUUUAUAUCACUAAAUUGUAUUUCUCCCGUUUGAUUAUGAUUGUAGGAAAAAUUGUUUAUUUCAAUCUGUGCCAGUGAUUGAAGUAAAAGUUUAGUUUAUUGGAGAUUUUGGUAGCUGGUCAAAAUAUAUUGGCUCAUUUUAAAGUUAUCGAAAGUCGAUGAGUUAACUAAUCUUUUAGAGGGUGUUUCCCAACCUUACUUCACGUUUGAAGCUCUUCAAAUUCAUUGAUGAAUAUAUUGACAACAUUGAAAUAAAGUCUCAUUAUUAGGGUUUUACCAUUUAAUCUCCCCUAUCUGUUAGACCAACGGUUCUCAACUUGUGGGUCAUGACUCCUUUGGGGGUCGAAUGACACUUACACGGGGGUCGCCUAAGACUAUUGGAAAACUAAUAUUUAUUUAGUAGCAACGAACAUAAUUUUAUGGUUGGGGGUCACCACAACAUGAGGAACUGUACUAAAAGGGUCGCGACAUAAGAAGGUUGAGAACCACUGUGUUAGACAAUGCUGUAAUUUAAAACACAGCAUGGGCAUAAGAGAGUCUGCUUUUUGUGUUAAAAAAAAUUAUAAAAUUGUUUAACUAGUAUAAAAUUGUCUGACACUAUAUUGACCUAGUUUAAAAUUGUUUCGAAAAUUAUCAUGUUUUCACUGUCUAUCCUUUUAUCAAGUAUGCUGAAAAUGAACCAGUACAAUUAACUCAUUCCCGACGGUUGCGACUAAAUGCGUCCUCGGGGGGUUCCUCCUGAUGCGUCCAAAUGCGUCCCGGCGCAUAGCGACACACCUCUCUUAUUUUUAGUUAAAAAUAGCAAUGAAAUCUCGCACCCCUCGAGACUUCCGGCUAUGGCGUGAUUUCUGCGUGAUUUUAAUUUAGAAACCGGAAGUUUUUAGUUUCACUUUAAAACUACGUGUGCUUUAGUACGGCGCGUCUAUAUGUACCAUGUGUUCGUCCGAGGUGCCGAAAAUCGAUUUUUUUGGCCAUUGUUCGUUAUUUUUCCCCCGCUAAUGUUAUAUUUAUAUUAAACCUUAUUCAUUUUUUGUUGCAUUUGUUCUUAAUUCAUUAACAUUAAAUAAUAUUUAGCAACUUAAAAAAAUAUUUUAAAAAUAUAAAUCAAUUUCAAAACUGAGUUGCUUCCCUUUUCUCAGGAAAAUAAAUUAAGUCCGGAAGCAGCGCUGCCGGAGGGAAUGAGUUAAAGAAAAAAAUUGCCAUCCAGAUUUAUAGGAAAAUAUUAUCUUGUUUCUUUAUUGUAAAACUUUAAUAGGGAUUGUUUACAUUGUCUGUUGUCAAUGUCUUUUUAAAUUUUAUGUCAUAAUUUUGUUUCAAUAUCUAUUUACUUCAGAGCAAUGACAAUGGGAGAAAUAGGUUGCUUCCUGAGUCAUUAUAAAAUUUGGGAAGAGGUAUGUUAUAUUCUAAUCUUGAUAGUAGAUUAACUCUCCGGUGAUGUGAGGCUUUUAAUGGGGACAUGUUGUGAGGCUUUUGUUUAGGACAUGCGUAGAGGCUUUUUGUGGGAACAUCCUGUGUGCCUUUUUUUGGCUUGCUAUGAUGCUAUUUGGGGGGGGGGGAAUGCUGUGAGGCUUUUUUGGGGACAUGCUGGCUUUGUUGGUUGCAUGCUAUCAAACUUUAGUUGAGGCAUGCUGUGAAGCAUUUUGGGGGGACAUGCUAGAUGGUUUUUUUGGGGGUAUGUUGUGAGGCUUUUGUUGGGGCCUGCUGUGGGUAUUUUGUUGGGGGCAUGCUCUGAGGCUAUUGUUGGGGAGGAGGAAUGGUGUGAGGCUUUGGUGUUUGGCAUACUUUUGGUGAGGGCAUGUUGUGAGACUACUGUAAGGAGUAUGAUGUGAGGCUUUUGUGGGGGCAUGCUGUGAGGCUUUCAUUAGCACCUGAGUCAAGUAACAUUAAUCAAUGAUUAAUAAAUCUUUUAUUUAAUGCUAUUUUCAAUCAAAAGCAAGGUUUAAACUUAUUUGGUAAAAAAAAUUGAAAAACAAACAAACCCCAAAUUUGAAAAAAUAUGUAGAUUAUUACACCUUUUUCAUUUUAACGAUACAAGAUAAUAAAAUUUAAGCACAUCAAUAUUGAAAAAAUUAUUCAAAUGCGGCCAUUUUAAAAAUAAAUAUAACUUUAUAUUGUGCAAAUACUGGUUUAUAUUUUUUACUGAAUUAUACAAGGCUAGGUCUCUGGAGGAACGUACUUCUUCACAUCACCUGGUGAAUGUUAAAUACAGAUUUUGGAUCAUUUGAAAACAUUAGACUUGUCUUCAUUUUAAGAAAGUUGACUUGUUUUCUUUUCAAAGCAUUAGACUUGUAUCAAGUGCUAACUUUUUAUUUUUAGUGUUAACAUAAUAAUUUUUAAAUGAUGUAUAUUUUGUAAUUAUAAAUUUUAUUUCUUUUAGGUUGUUGAGAAAAACUACAAAAAAAUUCUCAUCUUUGAAGAUGAUGUCAGAUUUGAGCCUUACUUUCGUAAAAAACUAUUUAAUCUCAUGUAUGAGCUUGAACACACAUUUGAUGUAUGGGAUCUAGUGUAAGUAAUAAAAAUGACAAGGGUAGUGUAUUUAAAGUAAUAACAAUGAGAAGGGUAUUAUAUCUAGUGUAAGUAAUAAAAAUGACAAGGGUAGGGUAUUUAAAGUAAUAACAAUGAGAAGGGUAGUAUAUCUGGUAUAAGUAAUAACAAUUGGAUGGGUAGUAUAUCUAGUGUAAGUAAUAACAUUGAGAAGGGUAGUUUUUAAACAUUUCUGAAAAGAAAAACAAAUCACCUUUGUUUAACUUUAUGCGAAAGUGUUAUAUUUUACGUGACAACAUCCCGCUAUAACAUAGCCAUUGCAAUGCUCCUGAAAUUUGUAUAUUCAUGAGCAGGUUUGUUUCUUUCUAUUUUCAAAAUGUGUGAACAAAAUAUUUUAAAGUGUUACUUCUUGGGGAAUGAGACCGCAUAUGAAUUUCAAUAUGAUAAGAUUGUGUUCCUGAAGUUUGACUGUCAUGUGCACUUGUUUUUCUUUAAGAGGGAAAAUAUAUAUUUAAGCACUGUAGAGAAAUAGUGUGAAAACCGCAUUCAACUUAAAGUCAAAUACAAUGUCUUAUUUAUCAGCUGCAAAGUUCUCAAUCCUAUCUGCAUGUAAUCAAGGCUUAUCUUGGGGCCCACCUGUUAUUUGUACCUUGGGAUGGCGCAUCGGGACACAUUAGUGGCAACAAGGCUGGAUCAAAUAAAAAAUAUUAUAAAACCUCGUAUUCACAAGACCCCCACUAUAGAUAAGAUCUGAGUUUAGAUUAAUACAGUUUUCCACAGUAAUCAUAACAAAAAAAAGCCCUGAUUUAAAUUGAAUGUUGCCAUAAAUAAUGUUAAUAUUCAAUUUCAGAUAUUUAGGACGGAAACGUUUACGUCGAGACCUGGAAAGCAUGGUUGAUAGAAGCGACAGAUUAGCCUGGCCCCAUUAUUCCUACUGGACUGUCAGCUAUGCUCUCUCCAAUCAUGGGGCUAAAAAACUGCUGGAACAGAAGCCCUUAUCCAAGAUGAUACCGGUGGAUGAAUACCUUCCCAUUAUGUUUGAUAGACAUCCAGAGUAAGUAUCAAUAACUUAAACCCAUAAUAGGUACUGAUGACAGACAUCCAGAGUAAUGGCCCAAUGACAGACAUCCAGAGUAAGUACCAGUUACUUAAACCCAUAAUAGGUAGUGAUGACAGACAUCCAGAGUAAGGACCAAUGAUGGUCAUCCAGAGUAAGGACCAAUGACAUACAUCUAGAGUAAGGACCAAUGACAGAAAUCCAGAGCAAGGACCAAUGACAGAAAUCCAGAGCAAGGACCAAUGACGGACAUCCAUAGUAAGGAACAAUGACAGACAUCCAGAGUAAGGACCAGUUGUUUGGUUUUUUAAUGCUUUGUAUUGUCAUUUGAAUUCUAAAAACCUGAAUUAAGUUGUGUUUCUUCCCAAAAUAUAUAUCUUAAUGAACACAGACCUGUUUACUCUUAUGAUUUUUGGCGUACAAUGUAUGAUUUUGAGGUGUAUACAUUAUAUAUACUAUGUGUUUAUUUUUUACUAUAAAUAUUAGGUAUUGUACGAUUUUAAGAGUUUGAGGGUAAACAGGUCUGUGAACAUAUAUGCAUGAAAAAUGAUGAUUGUGGGAGCCCUCUGAUGAUGCUUCCCGGGGACAGGUUACCCUACUAAACAAUAUGGCGUUUAAUUUACCAUUACUGUUGCUGAAAACUCAUUGUAGUUAAUAUACCAUCACUGAAGAAAAGAUGUAUUUAUGUCUGUAGCUGAUAAUUCACUGUUAGCUGUAAGCCAUUCUCUAUUCCCCCUGACCUAAGGUAACAAGUUUCUGGCCUUUGGUCUGUUUUUUUUAAUUUUUAAAAUUAUACUCUUUGGUUUGCCUUGUGCCCUUGGCUUGCUUGCCUCGUGCCUUUCUCAUUUUGUCACCCAGCAGGGUUAAUUGUGACAAAUGUGUUCACACUCUUUAUAUUAUCCUAUAUGUUGAAACAAAUUACAUUGUAUAUCAUCCUAUAUGUUGAGACAGUUAUAUUGUAUAUCAUCCUAUCUGUUGAGACAGGUACAUUGUAUAUCAUCCUAUCUGUUGAGACACUUACAUUGUAUAUUAUCCUAUCCGUUGAGACAGUUAGAUUGUUCCUUGUAAACAUCUUGAGAUGAAUUAUUUCUUGUUCUGUUUUCCCUAGGGAUGAAUGGCGGUUUCAGUUUUUCCCAAGGGACCUGAUAGGUCUCUCUGCUGAGCCAUUUCUUCUCUACCCCACCCACUACACGGGGGAACCUAACUACAUAUCUGACACCGAGGACUCUGUGAUCAUUGAUAAAGGUGCUGCAGGCCAGAGUCACAAGGCAGUGGACGGAGGGGGUGUGUCCAAGAUGGACAGGCCAGAAGCGAAUCUCAACAAGAUGGACGGCGGUCUACACUUAGAGAGACCCAGUUUUAAAGAUGAACUCUAACGUCUGAAAGAAUGUAUGAGAUGUUGAUGAACUUUGAUUUGGUUAAUAUUUGUCUGAAAGUAUGCAUGAGGUGUUGGGGGAACAUGGAAGAAGCUUAAAGAAUUCUAUUACUAUCAGGAUAUUUACCAGUAAAUUCUACUGUUGACCUUUCAGUCUCACUCAGAAAAUGUCAGAUGAGUCCCUAGAAAUUCCAGCUGUUCAAACCAGGGUUUAUAGAGUUGAAGAAAUUCCAGCUACAGUUGUAAAACAUUCUUUAUCUGUAAAGCAUCAGUAACAAUGUCUUGGCAAUUAAAGAGGCUGCAUCACAACCAGAAUAGAAAACUAUCCCCUUGUGAUAUCAGAAAGGGGUGGGGGCUUGCUUGCUUUCAUAGGCUGAAAUAUACUUUGAUCUGAGAAUAACAAAAUGCUUUGUCAACUUUUACAGUUUAUUCAUGAUAUUUUGUUAACUUUAACCCGCUUAUUCAUUAUAUACUGUUAACUCUUACAGUUUAUUCAUUAUUUUUUUGGUUAACUUUUAGUUCGUUUUAUAUUUGCAGUAGAUUCAUUUCAUUACACCAUAAGUUCUACAAGUUAAUAAUGUUAUCAGAUCAAUGAUGCAAAUGUUGCAAUGUGCCAAAACAAGGAAAAAUCCGCUUAAAUUUAAAAAAAUUUAUUAUUGAACAAAACUUUUCCCAUGAUUUAUGAUUGUUUUCUGUCCACUAUUUUACGGAGUUACUAUUCUCAGUGUAAUUAUACAUCCCAUAGAACUGACUACUUCUGUGCGAGAGCACCCUUUUUUUUGUGUGGGUUUAUCUUUGUGGAAAAUAUUUCCCCCUCUCUUAAGCAUGAGAUGCAUCAAAUGUCAUGUCAUGAAAUACAAGGAGGAAAUUAUUUUACAUGUACAACAAUAAAUGUAACAUCCCAAGGAAAAUGGAUCUUAUAUGGAUUUCAACAUCCAUGAAGAAUUCCAUGUUAUACAGAAUUGAGAUAUGCCGUCCAAAACUUCCAUUGCAAAGGGAAAUCAUUAAAAAGAAGCUAUCUUAGAUAAGUGUUAUCAAGCAGCCUCUGGCAUAUUGAUGUUGAGAAGUGCGGGCAUUGAUUGAGUUAAAGCUGGAACAGCAGAGUUAAUGCUGACAGGUCUGCAUUGUUAGUGUUUGUAUAUUAAUAUAAAAGCUACUCCAAGCUUUGUUCAGUAUAUUUUUUCUAGCUUUGUCCAUAUGUGUAUUUAUUCUGGCAUUGUUCAUCAUAUUUGCAAUUUUAGUAAAUGUUUUAAUUUCUACCACAAUUGUUCCCCUCUUCAACAGUAGCAUAUUUAUAUAACCUUUAUAACCUGUGAUUGCCAUACUUAUAUUUUUGCAUGAAUUUUGAUUUGUACAGGCUACCAAUUUAUAAUUAUUGGUGACUUCGUUUUAUACAAUUUUGUUACAAGAUUUUAAAAACAAGGUGUCUUCCUGUUUUCCGAUCCACUAUUUUAGUUAUCUGUACCCUUAACUUAACUGACCCAAAUAUCUGUUGUAAAGCUGUUACAAUCGUACCGAAUGGCAUUUGCAAAUCUAGUCGCUUAAAUGUUUUGUAUAUUUUUUGAAAACAUGUUUUUAAUCCAUUAAUGGGAUGUUACUUUUUAAGCUUUCUCUGUUCUAUAUUUUACAAUGGGAUUUAAAGAUAAAAAGUGUUUGCAUGUAAUUAUAAUUUUACAAACUUGAUAUAGUCAAGAAAUUACAAUGGCUGGCCAUAUUUUAAAAUUCAUUGUUAAAUAGUGUUAAAUUAGAAAGGCUGAACAUUAUGUAGGCAUCAAAUAAAAAAUCUGCCAAAAUAGAUUUAAAAAAAUAUACUGUUCAGAGAUUAUCUUCCUGCAUGCUUUUUUAACAAUUUAUUCCUCUCUAACUAAUUUGACAAUGUACUUCAUGAAGUGUUGGGCCAUCUAUUAAUAUUAAUACAUGUGAAGAGAAAUUAGCAUCAAAUGUGCUGUGUCACAGACCAGACUGUACAGAGAGCAACACUCUGUUACAUAAAGCAUUUAUUCCAAACCAAGAGUCUGACACCUGUCCUGUAAUAGGGCUGGGGGAAGUAGUAAGGUGUCACGGGGUGCUAUUUAUAUGAAAUGAGGCAUCCUUUAUAUGGCUGUGGGGCAUCCUUUUUACAUGGCUAGUGGACAUUCUUUUUAUGUGCCUAGGGAGCGUCCCUUUUAUGUGGCUAUUUUAGUUACCCCAAAACAAGAUGAAAAAGUUAUUUUUCCAAUGAAUGUGGGGACUAAAAAGAUCAGGGAAGUCAUGAUCAGGGAAAAGUUUUGAGAACCACUAAGUUCACUAAGUUAUUACAAUUGCUUGUUUUGAACACUUCAUCAAAUUUACACAAUGGAUUGAAAUCCGUAUACAGAACUCACAGCUUGGGCAGGUGUACAUAUAAAGCUACUAUUACUAAGUCAGUGUUCCAGUUCCAUAUUUGUACCAUCCACUUUUUAUAUAACAAUGUCUUGCAAUAUUUUAUUGAAAAUGAAGACAUUUAUGUCCUCUGAUACAAUGGUGCUAUUACAAAUCUUUAAUUGAAUUUUGGCUUGGUUUGUAUUUUUAUUAUUUGGAAGGGAUUUUCAUUAACCCUCUCCAAUUCAUCAAGAAGCUUAAGACAAACAGGAAUAAAAUAUGUUUGUGUAAAGCAUGUUUUGAGUACCUUAGUGACUUCUUGAGGAAGCAUCAACACUCCCUUUAUGUUGUAACAGAUUUAAAUAUGAGAUUGCAACUUGGAAUAGAUCAUUUUUUUAAAUUGCAAUUAGAUCUAAUUUUUGUUUUACAUUUGUUUUUAAACUGUUACAAUAUAUUAUUGCCAUUAGAAUUAUAAGAAGUAAUUUCUCAAGCCAUAAUAAUUUGUUCAAUAACUCACAAGUUUAACUCUACUACUGUGAAAUGUAAAGUCUUCAAAAGUUGACACUUAAUGUAAUGGCGCUGUGUUUAUUUGUUAUCACAUUGAUUAAGAACCAAAUAGAGUGUUUAUUUUUUUAAAGAAAUAAAUUAUUGCCUUUCUCAUUUUGUAUAGCAGUAGCAGCAUUAAUUCUUUUAAAUCUACACUUUUGGCAAAAAAAACUAUACUCAUUACAGCUGUGUGAUUACUUUACUUUUCAUGAAUGUUAUGCAUGUAAUUUUAUACUUUUUCUUUCUUUUCUUUUCUUAUUUAUUCUGUAAUCAGGUAUUUCUUUUUGUGAGUCUGUAAAGCAGUGCUGUCCAACAAUAGCACAAAAAAGCCAAAGAGUUUUGUAAGAUUUGUAUAAAACUAAAACACGUUAAGGUACAUUCAUGCUGUGGGUUUGUUACUUGCAUUCUCAACUUUCUGCUACUUGUAACAAAGAACUGGGCCAACAUGUUUCAUUUUCACUGGUCUCUUGAUAGUUACAGUUUAUUGUCUGCCGGCAAAUAUACAGAAACAAUCCCUUAUUUUGCGUGCGUUUGUAUCAGCUGGCAGGUUAGUGGGAUAGCAACCGAUAGAAAAUGGAGUGGUAAAAAAUAUAUUUAAAAAAUCAUGAAAAAAAAAAAAAAUCAGCUGAC